AUGGAGACCCAAGGAAGCAGGCGAGGUACCCUUUACCCUCAAAGACAAGAAGGGGGAGCUACCCUUUUGCCCCAUAGACAGGAAGGUGGGGCUGUUGGACCACCAUUACUUCCUGCAAAGGAUGAGCCAGUUCGGAUUCGUGAAGACUUCUCUUACAGAGCUUUCCUGACCAGGAAAAAGGCCUUACACGACUUCCGGGUGAGGUGGCCAGAACUAAUUCUCCUGGACCAGAAGAAAAAGGAGGAACUUCCCCUAAUUGGACAAAGUUCGUCUGAUUUGUUCCAUGCUCCCAGCAGCUGCUCAUCCAUGGUCAGCAUUACCAGCACAGACCUGGAAACCACUCCCAGUGAGCUCCUGGAUCCCACAGCAGGAUUUGCUGCCGACUCCAAAGCCCCUCCUUCACAGUCUCCACAGAUGAUCAUUCUCAACAGCUAUAUGAACCCAGAGUCUCUGACGCGGCUGGAGAAGAAGGUGAGAAGGAAGACCCUGGAGGCCAUGACUGAGCUGGAGCAGGAGAUGGAAGCAGUUAAGAGGCGGCGGUCAGUGCUCAUAAAGGACGUCAAGGACAUGCAGAUGGCGAUUUCAUAUGAGAAAGCAGACAACAAGCCGUUCCUUGAGUACCUGCGGCAGAAGAAUGAGGAGAAACAGAGGAAGUACGACGCCCUGUGGAAAGACUACAACCAGCAGUGUCUGGAGAUCGAGGACAGGAGACUGGAGCUGAUUUCUGCCUUCACCUCACACACGGAAGACCUCCAGAAGCAGCUGAUGCGGAACAGGAAGCUCGAGGCCAGCUUGAAGAAGAAACUGAAGGCCCUGGAGCCCAUCGCACAGGUCAGGGAGAGCCAGGAACAAACUAUCCAGGCCUUAGAGUUGGAGGAAGCCAGCAUAGCACCUGACUUCUCCUUAAUGGACCGAGAGGCACACCUUCAGUUCCUGAAGGAAAGGGCUGCCUUGGAGAAGCAGAUGGAGGAUCUGAACCUGCUGGAGUCUGGAGAGAAAAUCACCAGGAAGCUAAAGAAGAAGGCCAAGGCCUUGGACACUGCGGCCAGACAGGCUCACGAGAAGUUCUGGGAGGGUAUUAAAGCUGAGAACAGGCAGCUGCAAACACAGCUCCAGCACCUGGACCAGGAAUUCCUCAAGCUGGAGGCUGGAAAGGAGAAGCUGGAACGGCGAAAGCAGCGGUGGAAAGAGCAGCAGUGGUACCUGGAGGCUCUGGCCCGGGGGAGGGAGCGCCUGCAGCAGCAAGAGCACCGCCAGCAGCAGCAGCAAGAGCACCGCCAGCAGCAGCAGGAGCACCACCAGCAGCAGCAGGAACACCGCCAGCAGCAGCAGGAGCACCGCCAGCAGCAGCAGGAGCACUACCAACCCAAACCACAGACAGCUCCUCAACCAGCACUGGGACGUCUAUUAAGUGCCAGGCCAAAAGCCAGUCCUAAGUAAUGGCUGCCAUGUCCCAGGAAGCAGACUGGAGUUGAAGCUGGGUCACUACACAAAGAAUGACGAUGCUCUCUGAUAAUGCAGAGGGCAGAGGCACCAGGGCACAGAGGGCUGAGCUUCUCAGAGGGGCAGAGGGGCCCUGGGCUGGCCUGUCUCUCAGGCUUGGCUCCCACACAGCAGGGCUGUCCUAACCGAAAGCUUCACAGCCUUGGGACGCUUUGGUCUUCAGAAGCUGUGGCUCCCGUGCUCCCCAUGCCUCCCGUGCUCCCUGUUGCAUACUUUGGUGCUCAAUUCCUGCUCUAGUGUGGGCUUCAUGAUGACAGGGUGCAUUUUGUAAUGGGUACUUUGCACACAGUCAGCCCAUCUCACAGUAGGAGCAUCGGUGUCUUAGAUGGGCGC